UUCAAUACUCUCCACUUUCCCUUGAUUCCCUUUAAAAAGAAGACAAGGAGACAUCAUUCUUCAGUUCAGCUCAAUCUUUCGUUCAGGAGACUUGGGAUAUCCAGACAAACCAUUUAGAAACUUGAAAAUCAGAACUGACAAGAAAGAUGAAUCUAAUCUUUAGUAUUUGCCUUCUUCUUAUCUUCAUGGCUUCAGCAAUAGAAGCUCACCCCUCUGAGAUUUUUAAGAGACAUUCAAUGCCCUCACCAUUAAGUUCUGCUGAGCGUGAAAGCAGAAACAUUAAAAAUACAUUAGGACUGUUUGAUGAUACUCGAGAACCUACUGAGGAGGAGAUAACACCUCUUGUUGAGGAAUCAGAGAUGAAUACAGAGGAAACAGAGAUCACUACUGUAGCUACAGAUCAAACAACAGUUUUGGACAUUGAAGAAGAAGAAAACAUCACUGUGAAAAUUAGCAAUAAUCUUCCUAAUAAUCUUGAAGCAACAGCAGAAAGGACAGGGAAGCAGCACAUAAUUGAUCUUCAACUUUUGUCUCCAAGUCAAUAUCCUCUUCAUUACCUUGAAAAUCAGCCCCAAGCUCCUAAAGUUCUGCAAACCCUUGCACUAGCUCAGAAAAAUGGGAUUCUGAUUGAUCAGUUUGGAAACACUUUCAAGUUAGCUGAAAUUCCAUCUCAUCUAAGCCAAGGCAAGCAUGAAAAUCCAGUAGUUGAAAACAAUGUAGAUUUACUUGAAGAAGAUCCAAUCUAUGACACAGAGUUUAUUGAAGAUGAAACAGUCAAUGAAAAUGUUUUAGUAAAAGAUGUCGCUACCGACAAUGGGGUGAAAUGUGUUAAAAAGGUAAUGCAGGUUGAGGAAAUUGUUCAUGAUAAUAUCAUAAAGUGUUCACACUCAUUUACAGAAAAAUGCCACAACACUUUUAUCACAGAUUAUGCACCAUCUCAGGAGGAAAAGUGUUCAACAAGCUUUGAAAAGAAUUGCAAGAUCACCUACCAACCAAUGGCCUUUGAUGAGAAGGUGGAGAUUUGUGAUGAGCCCUUGAAGAAAGUUUGCAAUGAUUCUAUAACUGGAGAGGAGGUUUGUCGGACUGAGUAUGAAACUUCCUGUGAAACCAGGUACAAGAUCCAUACUGUAGAGCAAGAUGAACCUGUUUGUAAAAUGGUUAUGGAGAAGAAGUGUGAUGGUGUUGUGGUAGACAAUCAAGAUCAAGCAAACAAUGGAAGAAGAAGGAGAUCAAUUGCUAGAAUAGAAAAUGGAGAAGAAUUUAUCCGACAAGCAGAAAACUGUGAAGAAUGGCCAGUACAGAAAUGUACACUAGAGAAGAAAACUGUGACUAAAUCCAACCCUGAAACUUCAUGUCAGAAGCAUCCUAAAGAAGUUUGUACAACAUCCAACUGUAAAUUUGUUCGGAGUGAGAAGACCUGCAGAGAGGAAACAAGAAGUCUUGUUCAAAAUAUUCCAAGUGAAGAUUGUGACCUGGAGCCUAGGGAGACCUGUAAACUGGAAACAGUUCUAGUUCCACGUUUAGUUGAGAAACCCAACUGUGUUCAGGUUCCAAAGGAGAUUUGCGUUGAAGGAAAGACUAAUCCAACAAAGGUAUCAAAGCCUGUUGUAAAGGAAUGGUGCUACCGCCCUCAGGACUUCCAAGCUAACUCCACCAAGGAAGCAUUAGAUUUUGUUCUGAACCAGCUCAAUGAGUAGAUGAUGACUGUAUUUGAGACAAGGCAUUACAAUCUCGAAGCAAAGUCUAAGAAAUUAAAGAUCUUUUGCAAAAAUAUGGUCUUCCACAUAUAUUUGAAAUGUAAACAAUAUUGAUGUCAAAUGUUAUUUUUUUUCCAAAUUGUUUAAACUAUUUUGUAAUCAUGCUGGUUUUGGAUAUAAAGUUAGUGUAUGUAUUGUAAAUCACACCGGGAAUAAACGCACAAAACUCUCAUA